UGUUGAACCAACCUGCCGUGCGCUUUCACUCCAGUUUUGAUCCGCCAGUGGCUAUUAUUUGACCAGCACAUUCAAUUUGCGCAUCCCGACAACGCCACGACCGCCUACUGGAUCGAUCAAAUAGUCAGUUGACGCCGUGACAGCCUGGAAGGCGCCCCUACAGCCAACAAGUGCAAAGCAAACAAUCUACGCUGUGCUAUGGCUCCUCCUGUCCACCCCAAGCAGCCGCCACCGGCAGAACCGAUUCAUUCUGGCCGCGCAUUCGACCCGUGGAAUUCGGUAGCGGCCGGCCAUCAGCGAGCCGAAACUCGGGUGCCAACCGGGUGGCGUGAAUCUCGUGCCAGGAAGCUGCAGAGUCAGUUCCGCGCCGGCCCUUCCGGUGGCGACCGAAUCUCGGACUUUGUUGGGGCUGGCGCCCAAGAUUUCGACGAGAAGCGUGGCGUCCUGAUCCCAAAGGAGGUACGAGCUCGCGCACUGAACAGCGUUGCCGAUAUGCUACGGAACCCUGGCACCAUGGCGACGGCGUCACAAACAAGUUCGCAGUCACCGUCAUGUCUACCAGAAGAGGAAGGGCUACGGAAAGGGAUUGGGCAUGUUGAAGACGAGGAAACUCGACAGCAAUGGCAGGGAAAGGAGGAGGGAGGCUCAAGCAACAGCAGGAAAAUCUUCGAUGGGUUGAAUAUCUACGUCAAUGGUAGCACUCAUCCUCUGAUCUCUGAUCAUAAACUGAAGCAAGUCCUCGCCGAGAAUGGCGCUCGUAUGUCUAUCCAUCUCGGCCGCCGCCAAGUCACACACGUCAUCCUAGGCAAACCGACCGGUCGAAAUACCGGCGCCGGUGGUGGACUCGCCGGCGGGAAACUGGAGAAAGAGAUCCGCAGAGUCGGCGGUUGUGGCGUCAAGUAUGUCGGUGUCGAAUGGGUUCUGGAGAGCAUCAAGGCAGGCAAGCGGCUGCCCGAGGCGAGGUUCGCUAACCUCAAGAUCGCGGCAAAGGGGCAGCAAAGUGUUCUCUCCGCCUUCUCGAAGAACAAGCCGCCAGCAUGAUGGACCUACUAGGGCGCAUUCCGACGAUGAGGGAGGAUAACGCUGGACGAAAAGGCGCCGUGAGGACAGACACGGGAGCUUACAUGUUGUGUUGUAUGGCGGCCGCUGCCUCGACUAUCUUGGUCCUUCUUUCUCCUGUCCUGUCCAAGGUUCCGGGUUACUAUGCUUUCCUCCUCACGCCUCGCUCGCGUUAGCUGGGUGAAGUAGA